AUGUUGUUGAUCAUUACUGCAUUCACAGAGAUUUCAGCAGAUUUUACAGACCUGUUUGUGCACAUUCGAAACAAAGUCUUGUCUAGCCAUGAUGACGAGCUGAUCGGCGGGAUCACUCCUGAAGAAUGUGCACAGAAGUGCCUGGAAGGAACCACUGAUGUACCGGAGGGGGAGUGUUUGUCGUUUGACUACAGAAAGGUUGUCGGAAGAUGUCAGCUGAGUAGAGAUAACAAGGACACAGCCGGGACGGCACUUGAUUAUAACAGUCAGUUCGACCAUUACGAGAUGAAAGAUAUAGUCGGUUUCUUCUCAGAACACGCCGAUCAGGCCCUAGGCGGCCACGAUGACGUUAUUGUCACCCCACCGACUGUGAGUCCCCGGACAUGCGCACUGCGAUGUCUGCUGGGAGAAGGAAGCCUCUCAGUUGGUUCCUGUCUGUCCUUUGACCUGGACAGCCGAGGUCCACGGUGCAUGUUGAGUGAAGACAACCAAAACACAGCCGGACAAGCACUGGAUUCCAACUCAAGAUUUGAUCACUUCCAACGGAGCGAAUUCUGUAUUCCCGACCCCUGCGUUCAUCUCCACCAAUCGUGCACGAACCAAGUAAACGGCUUCACCUGUACAUGUGAUCCGGGCUGGGAGGGAGACUCUUGUGACACGUACACAGGUACCAUUACGCCACAGAACUGUGCCGACCUGUCCGCCAUGGGAAUCCAGACCAGCGGUACUUACCAUGUCGGCCACCCUCAGCCAUUCCAAGUGUCCUGUGACAUGGACACUGAUGGCGGUGGAUGGACGGUCAUACAGCGGCGCCAGGACGGGUCGGUGUCGUUCGACAACACGUGGGACGUGUACGUGCAGGGAUUCGGUAACGUAAACGGAGAACUAUGGAUAGGACUUGAACACUUACACAGUCUAACGUCACAGCAGCAGCACGAGCUGUACGUGUAUUUAGAGAACUGGGAAGGAACUACUAAGUUCGCGCGGUACGGCACGUUUUCUGUGGGAGAUUCAACCAGUAAAUACACGGUUACAAUCAGCGGCUUCACCGGGGAUCCGACUUUAACUGACGACUUGGCUCCCACAAUUACACAUCACAGCAUCAACGGUAAAAUGUUUACAACAAAGGAUCAAGAUAACGACGGUAACGAUGUCAACUGUGGAGCUACAUUCGGACCAUCAGGCUGGUGGUUUCCGCCGAGUUGUGGUCUGGCCUUGUUAAACGGACAGUAUCUGACCGGAUGUAGCUCUAGCUCUAGCUGCACCAGCGCUCAGGGGAUUGUGUGGAAAAAUUGGCUGGGCUACAGAUACUCACUGAAGAAAACAGUCAUGAUGAUUAGGCCGAGCGGUUUCCCAGGUAAGUACAAGAUCUAA